AUGAGUUGGCUCCGUGCUUGCUUCAGAGACAGAGGUCCUCAUGCAGAGACAGAAGCUAUGAAAAGGCAAAGCUCUGGUCAGGACCACGAGAUUAUCGAAUUACAAGAAGAUAAUGUGGAGGAAAGUGAGGCUAAUCAUGACAAGCCUCUAAAUGCUCAAACAAGAAAGGAAAGAGAUUACUGGAAAUCAUGUGGGAAUGUAGUUUUCUGGAAGUGUAAACUAUGGAUGGUUAUAACUGCAAUUUUUCUAGUACUCUUCCUGGUCAUUCUCAUCAGCCUAAUUCUUUAUUCUAAUGUUUACACAGAUGAGGAUGACUAUUGGGAUCCUGAUGCACUGCUAAAUAGUGGAAAUUGUCGCAAUUUUUCAGGAACAUUGGAGUUAAUGUGUGGUCUCCCACACCUUUUCUCUGAAGACAUUACUAAGAGGUUAACAGAUGUCUACAGUUCAUCUCCAGCUCUAGGACGCUACUUUAGGUCAGCUCAGGUGGUUUAUUUCAGUAAUGAAAGCUCCACCGUAUUUUAUCAGCUAGAGUUUUCUGUACCGCCAGCAGCAGAGGGGUUUAUGGAAAACAUGAUGAACUCAGAUUUUAUAAGGAACGUUUUACGUCAAAAUAUUUAUGAUGAAGAAGAUACUUUCACUCAUGGGACAUCUGAAUGUGAUAGGUUAAAGCUUGACCCGACUUCUCUCACGUUAACGUGUAAGUGCUGUACCUUAGAGAAACUGUUCUUUACAAAGAGCAGAAGUAUUUUCUUGGAAGGAGGGAAAUCCUUCUGGCAAGAUGUUGAGGCAGUGCCUUGCCAGGCGGCACUGAAUGCUGCUGACAAG